AUCAGCCGCAGCGGCGCUCCUCGUGCGACGGGGGGGCGGAGGGGGGCGGCGGCUCGGACGAGGAGGAGGGCCUCGACGCGCCGACGCCCUGCCUCGAGUUUGAGUCGGAGGUCCGCAUCCUCGACCUGGUCGCGGACAUGGGCGAUCUCGUCAAGGCCUUCUCCGCCUCGGGGAUGGGGACGAUCUCGCCCUCGCCGAUGAUGCUCUCCUCCUCCCUCUCGUUUGCGCGCUCGUCCCCCUCCAUGGCGCGCAAGGCGCCGCCGUCGGCGCCCUCGUCGCUCGCGACGUCGGCUGCCAACUCGGCGCCGUCCUCCGUGUCGGCGUCGCCGAUGCUGGCGCGCGACAGGUAGUCCCCCCCCCCCCCCCCCCUCGCUGGGCGGAGAGGAGGGCUGUCGUGUGCGUGUGCUCGUGUGCUCCUGUGGGCGCUCUGGUGAGCAGGAGCUACUCUCGCGGCCUCUCGCGCGGUCCCAUUAGAGGAGGUGAGUGCGCUGAUCGAUGCUCUGUCGGCUCUGACUCGUGUGGGUUUGAGCUUGUCUCGCGUGUGUUGCGAGGUGUGAUGCGGUCCUCUUUGCCUUGUGUCCACU